UGCUUUAUAUAAAAUCAACUGAGCAUAUCUGUUGGAAUUCAUUAAACGUUUUACCGCACAGGCCGACGUACAGCGGUUCGAGAUCCGAGAUCCCAAAUCCAAAAUCCGAAAUCCAAAAGCCCGAGCGCCCCACCGUCUUCUCACUCACACGCACACACUGCCGCGCAGCUCAAUCAGCCAGCAAAUAUGAAAUUCUUAGUCACCAUUGCCACCCUCUGCCUCCUUGUGGCCUUCGCCGCGGGCCAGCAAUACUUUCUGGGCCAGUUCCCCAGCAGGACUCGCUUUGGAUUCGAUCCCGUGGCGCUAGCGGGACCCUCAUCGGCCACACAGGUUCGGGAUCCUCGACAGAACAGGGGACCCGUGGUCUUCCCCCCAUCCCCUCCAGACGCAGUGGACGAGUCGAGCGGCGUGGUCGUGGGCGCCUCCGGAUACGGCUUUGUGCCGCCCCAGCAAAGAAAACUCUCUGGUUAAAGUUACAAAUCUUCUGCACACCGAAUACCAAAUCUUCCCCACCCCACAACACAAUACAACACAACACCACACACCGAUUACCAGUAAUUAACCCAAAGCACUCGAAAGCACCACAAUCACACACUUUGCGCACCAGCACCGGAAACGGAAAUGCGUCCCUCUUAGCUAAUUGCAGCCACCCACAAGUAAAAAUACCCACUAACGCGGCACCCCCACUUCCCUUCCCUUCCUGUCCCCACACCCCUUAAUGUAAAGUUAACAUUACUUAGUUUAAUUAGCUUGAAAACGCUAUUGAGUUAUUUUCCACCUUAUUGUUUCGUUUUGUAUUUUAAUUUUUAUUAUGAUUUUCGCUUCUUCUUUUUAAUUUA